CCACACAUCUUCAUCACUCAUAAUACUAUCAUAUCAUCAAAACAUCUUCAAAACAAAUCUCACAAAAAUGGCAGCUUCCACCAUGGCACUAUCCUCUUCUUUCGUCGGACAGGCGGUGAAAGUAGCACCAUCUGGUUCUGAAAUUACCGGAAAUGGAAGGGUUUCCAUGAGGAAGACAGCAGUCAAGAAAGUCGCACCAUCAGGAAGCCCAUGGUACGGCCCCGACCGUGUUAAGUACCUUGGCCCAUUCUCCGGCGAAGCCCCAUCUUACCUGACCGGUGAGUUCCCCGGUGACUACGGUUGGGACACUGCUGGGCUCUCUGCUGAUCCUGAAACAUUCGCCAAGAACCGUGAGCUUGAGGUCAUCCACAGCAGAUGGGCCAUGCUCGGAGCUCUUGGGUGCGUCUUCCCCGAACUCUUGGCGCGUAAUGGUGUCAAGUUUGGUGAGGCUGUCUGGUUCAAGGCUGGAUCCCAGAUCUUUAGUGAGGGUGGUCUUGACUACUUGGGGAACCCAAGUUUGAUCCAUGCACAAAGCAUUUUAGCCAUCUGGGCUACCCAAGUGAUCUUGAUGGGUGCAGUUGAAGGUUACAGAAUUGCUGGUGGACCUCUUGGUGAGGUAGUUGACCCACUUUACCCUGGUGGUAGCUUCGACCCAUUGGGUCUGGCUGAUGACCCAGAGGCAUUUGCUGAGCUGAAAGUGAAGGAGCUCAAGAACGGCAGACUAGCCAUGUUCUCUAUGUUUGGAUUCUUUGUUCAAGCCAUUGUUACCGGAAAGGGACCAUUGGAGAACCUCGCUGACCAUCUUGCGGACCCGGUUGCAAACAAUGCAUGGUCAUAUGCUACAAACUUUGUACCUGGAAAGUGAGUUUUGUGAAUUUGAGUGCGAGAUAAUAUUUGAGUGAUGUGGAACUCUCUUGUGAAUUAAUUUAGUAUAAUACAUGGUUUAAUUUUGGGCAAA